CGCACCGGGUCAAUCGGCACAUCAAGGACCCCUUUCACAGAGCCCAGCCCUCUUAUCUUUUCGUGUGAGAAUGGAUGGCUGUUGGUCCAAUGAUGGGGUUCUUUUCGAGUCGGACAGCUCGCCGACCUGUGGCUGUCAACGGCCUUGACUGGUUGAAUUUGGGCCAAACCCGGUCUGAAGUUGGAAAGAUCAAUGACACAUCCUUAGCUUUAGCCUCUGUCUUUACUUAACUUUUCCUUUUAUCCUUCGAGAUGCGCUUGUUCUCCUCUUCUUGGCCGUCUGGUUUCACUUCCCUCGACUGCUCAUGGUUGAGGUCGACACACAUCUGGGAUAAGCCUACACCGUGCUCCAUGUUGCGUAUCUGAUCCAAAGGCAACCCACGAGGUCUAGCCCAGCAUUCGAUUUCUCGAAACUCUGCUCUUCCCUGGUUGGAUGUAAUCGAACAUGGCGGAUAAUACUUCAAUUGACAUCAUCCAUUCGCGAGGAUAUGAGAGCGAUCCGAAUCUAGAAUCCCCCUCUGAUCUGGAUAAGCCACAAGAGUCGGCCCCUCUAGACACAGAGUCCAAGUAUGAGCAGGACGUUCCCCCCGAUGGAGGAUAUGGUUGGGUCUGUGUUGCUUGUGUGUUCUGGAUCAAUGCCCACACUUGGGGAAUCAACAGUAGUUACGGCGUGUUCCUCUCCUACUACCUCUCCCACGAUGUGUUCCCGAACACCUCCGCCCUCUCCUAUGCCUUCACUGGUGGCUUGAGUAUAUCGUGUGCACUCCUUGUGGCCCCCGUGGCUACGUACCUCAUCCAUGUCUUCGGCACGCGACUGACCCUCAACCUGGGAGUCUUCUUCGAGACGCUUUCGCUCAUCGGCUCCUCGUUCGCCACGCAAAGAUGGCACAUCUUCCUCAGCCAAGGCGUUUGCUUCGGCUGGGGUAUGGGCUUUCUCUUCGUUGGCAGCGUAGGGAUCAUCCCUCAGUGGUUCUCGCGGCGACGCAGCCUCGCGAUGGGAAUCAACGCCGCGGGCUCCGGUCUGGGCGGCCUUAUGUACUCGCUCGCCGUCGGCGCCAUAAUCCCGCGCCUGGGCCUGCCCUGGGCCUUCCGCAUCCUAGGCAUCAUCGCCUGCGUCGUCAAUCUGGUGUGCGCCAAUCUCCUGCGCGACCGCAACCAGGCCGUGGGCAGUCGACACCAGGCUUUCGCGCUGCCGCUCCUCAAGCGGCCGGAGUUUCUGUUGUUUCUGGGCUGGGGCGUCUUUAGCAUGCUCGGCUACGUGGCCCUACUCUUCAGCGUCGCCAACUUCGCCCUCUCCGUCGGCCUAACCUCGCACCAGGGCAGCGUGGUCAGCGCCCUCCUCAACCUCGGCCAAGGCCUCGGCCGCCCUUUCGUCGGUAUGUUCAGCGACCGCCUCGGCCGCAUCAACAUCGCCACCUUCCUUACCUUUCUGUGCGGCCUGUUCUGUCUGGUUAUCUGGACCUUUGCGCGCAGCAUGGGUGUCGUCUGCUUCUUUGCCGUGCUCGUCGGCACCGUCGCCGGGACUUACUGGGCGACCGUCACCCCCGUCCUCGCCGAGAUCAUCGGCCUCCGCGACCUGCCCAGCGGGCUGAGUAUCACCUGGCUGGUGCUGGUGCCUCCCUGCACCGUGUCCGAGGCGAUCGCUCUGCUGUUGCGCGACAAUCACGCCCGCGACUCGGUGUAUCUGCGCGUGCAGAUCUUCACUGGGUUUAUGUAUAUCGGUGGGUCCUUGUGUCUGUGGUUGGUCAGGGGGUGGAAGAUUGCGGACUUAGCGCAGACGGCGGCAGGGAAAUCACUGGCUGGGUCCUCGCCUCCGACUGGAGUGAAGGAAGCUCCGGAGGAGUCGAAGAUCGAGAAGGCUGCGGCGGGAACGGAUCCGCAGGCGACAGGUAGAGGAGCGCCAAAAAUGAGUCUUUGGUCUCCGAUCGGUCUGCUGCGUGGGAUGGUGUCGUUGCAGAGGGUAUAG